CCCUGGCAGAGGGAGGCGCGGUUCAAGCGCUUCCUCCGCACAGGCGCGCGCAGGUCUUGCUUCGAGACCAGACAUGGCGGGCCUCACAGUGCGCCUUCUCGAGCUAGCGGAAGGCAGCCAUGUCAAGAGCCUGGAGCAGGCAUCACGGAUGCGGUGGCGGCCAAGGACGCGGUGAUCCGCGAUUUUGCCAAGCGCGCACGCUGGAGGAAUUCGAGGAGUACAGGCGGCCAUCCAAGGAGAGGAAGACAAUGGACGCCGAGGUGGACGUGUCCGAGCGCGUCUCCUACGCUCACAGGAUAAGCUACACCCGAUUAUCUUCUCGGUCAGCCCCCUCAGGAGCAGCAACGCAGCCCUACCACUACAGCGACAUGGAUCUGGGCGUCUUGAAAGCUCCGGAAACCGCACCGCCACCAGCGCCAUUCCUGCCGUCGCCAACUGUGAAAAAAUCACCACCAAAAGAAGCAGCAGCAGGAAAGCUCACGCCCUCUCCACUCCGGUUACACUUCCCGGACUGCCUCCCGGAUGGAAGCCCGGAGAUCCGGUUCCACUGCCGGAAGUGGCACCGCCAGCACCAAUUCCAACAGCGUGCGCUCCAGGAGUAAUCAAGGUGCCGUUCGUGCAGCUGGAU